UGUUUUUUAAUUUUGUGUUUCGUGCGUGAUUUAGGGAAAAUCCUUAAGAAAAUCCUGCCGGUAGCACGAUGGUGGUGGAGAUGACGAUGGAUUCGGACGAGGACGAGGACCUGGAUGUGGACUGGAGCAACCUGGAAACGAUCACCAAAUUCGAUACGCGCAGGGGCUCCAGCAAUCUACUGUCCACAUUCACAAAUUCCACUGCCGACCUGAACGAUGUGGGCCGUUCGCUGCAGUCACGGAUUACGACGAAAGCCUCCGCUCCGGUCAGCCUGCUGGUGGAGAGUUUACUGCAGCAGUUGUGUACGAUGCUGGAACCGAACGUGGACCGAUCACGGGAGUUGUACAACACCAUCUGCGAGCGGCUGCACGCGGUCAAUCUAAUCGACGAAACUUACGCUAUGGGAGAGUUCGAAAUGAUGCGCAGCCAGUACCAGAAAGCCCUGUACCACCUAGUCAGCAUCGCCCGAGGACAGGAUUUGCCGGUUCUGCUACAGGAUUGUUGGCCACUACAGCAACCGCUGGGACUCGAGUGGUCGCGGUACUACCGGGAGUUCGAGGAGCUUUCUUUCCUGGCUGGCGGUGGAUUCGGCAAGGUAUACCGGGCUCGCAACAAGCUGGAUGGUAUCGUGUACGCCGUAAAGAAGGUAACAAUCCGGUCUACCACCAUCCAGAACGUACUGGUACAUCUGGCAGAGGUGAAGACGUUGGCCAGCUUGAACCACAUCAACAUAGUCCCGUACAAGGCGGCCUGGAUAGAACCGCUGCUAUCGCCCGGCAAGGGCAGCACUACAAACGGAUCUUUCUCGGCGAUGGACGAUGAUGAGGAAGAGGACGAUGAGGACGAACAGGAGUUUAGCGCCACGAAUGCACUCGUGAGCUCCCUCAGUGAUUCCCUCCGACGGCCAGAACACGAGUCGGAAGAGUUCAUUCUCUUCGAGGGUGGAAGUAGCGAUGGAGGUGAACGGCCAGGAACGGGAACGGGAUCGGGAUCCGAGAGGGACUCUCGAAAUCAGAUUGCAGAGAUUGAUGACUCACAACCGCACAUCAACCUGAAAUGGGCAACGCUCUUUAUUCAGAUGACGCUCUGCCAUCUAACGUUGCGCGAGUGGCUCGAUCGCCGGAAUGCUGCAUCGGAUUUCGAACAGUUCUACGUUGACUUUCUGCAGAAUCGAUUCUGCGAUGACCGUGCCGUUACGCCAGCGAUCGCUAGGAACUCGUUCUGUCGGCAGAGCUCACAGCUAUCGAGUCGAACGGUGGAUAGCAUUCCCGAGGAAAGCAACUCGCGACGUGAUUCUGAAUGCUCGUCCAAGGAUGGAUCGAUAGUGGAGGAACACGUGCAACAUCUCGAUGUAGUGCUCGAUGUGUUCCAGCAGCUGUUGAACGGGUUGAACUACAUCCAUUCUCGCGGAAUCGUUCAUCACGACAUUAAACCGAGCAACAUCUUCGUCAGUUUGGCGGACCAUGACUCGACGAUCAACAUUCAGCUGGGAGACUUUGGGCUGGCCUGUCCACUGCAGAGCUCGCAUACGGGGGUUGGAUUCGGAACACCAUUGUACGCGGCACCCGAGCAACUGGAGGGUAAAUGUGAUCCAAAAUCGGACAUCUACUCCCUCGGUAUUAUACUACUUGAGCUGCUGGUUCCCUUUUCAACCGAUAUGGAACGUGCCGAAACGAUCAAGCAAGUUCGUCGUGGCCAGUACCCGCAGGAGUUGGAUCGAGAUUUUACCGAGCUCUUACGCAGUUUGCUUCAUCAGCGACCCUCCCGACGACCGGGAAUGCUCGAUCUCGUCGAGGCGGUCAAUCGAAUUCGCAUCAAUCGUGACAAAGUGAUAACCGAGCUUAGGCGUAGUCUGUCGUUACGUGAAGACGAAAUAGCCAACCUGCGAACACAGAUCGAUGAACAGCAGCGCAUGCAGGUGGAGCUGAUUGAGGAGCGAACACUGUUUGAGAGGCGUACCUCUCGAACGCUCAUCGUCAAGGAGCAGGAGCUUAUCUAUAUGAAUUUAGAGAUGAAAAACAAAGACAUCGCGCUGCGGAGCAAGGAACUGGAGCUACAGACCAAGGAUGAGGAGAUAAACAAAUUGAAGGAAAUGCUCCGUUCGUACCAGGAGAAGGAAACCAAGGGCCAACAUUCUGCCGACACUGCCGACCCCGACGCCAAUGAUUGACAGAAUAAUUGCGCGCCGCUCGGAGAGUACCAGUAGGAUUGAAAGACUUAAUAUAAAUUAGUUUACUACACAAUUCGAUAUAGCUUUUUUCAUUUCACCAUCGUGACACCAUUUUUGCAAAUAAAUUAUAGUACGUACUAGUGA